AUGUCUAAUCGUGGCGGUGACAGUCACCUCAUAAUGCCGACAAAAUCGCGCAGACCAACCGAAAGUGCAUUCUAUCAGCAGAACCUAGCCGUUUGGACACCGAACAUAACAGCCAAAACGCUCUGGUCCAUACUAGUGACCGGUGGGAUUGUUUUCCUAGCGAUCGGGGCCGGUUUACAGCAUGUGGCUUCCAAUACACCGGAAUUCACCCUCGAAUACACCCACUGUCUGGCGUAUGGUGAUGCGUCGGGUAGGAGUUGCGCCGAAAUCAUCAACAGAAACCCAGGUGCCGUAUGCAAAUGUGUUGUUAAUUUUACCCUCGAUCAGUACUUUCCCCGAGAUGUUUACUUCUAUUACGCCCUGGAGAACUUCCACCAAAACCACCGGCAGUUUGUAAUAUCCCGUGACGAUGGUCAGCUGCGGGGUGAUGUGUUAAAAGCUCCCUCUCCAAGAUGCCACCCUUUGGACUAUGUGCGACGCGACAACCGAACGCUGCCCGUGGCGCCAUGUGGGCUAAUCGCCAAUGCUAUCUUCAACGACACGUUUGACCUGUACCAGCGUUCUCCGGACCGGCGUGUGCCCCUCGUCGGCGGCGGGUCUGUUUGGGACCACGAACGGGAACUAAAGUUUCGCAAUCCACCCGGUGACCUUCGGGAAGCGCUGCAAAACAUUUCCCGACCUCCUGCCUGGUCCUGUGAGCUAUGGGAACUUGAUCCGGCCAACCCCGACAACAAUGGUUUUCAAAAUGAGGAUCUAAUCAAUUGGAUGCGUUCCGCCGCAUUGCCCAAUUUCCGCAAGCGUCAUCGGCGUGUGGACCAUUCCGUUGCUCCCUUCGAGGCUGGUUUGCCGGACGGGCACUAUACACUGCACAUCCGUUACACCUACCCGGUGGCUUCAUUCGGCGGACGGAAGGCAGUCGCUCUUAUCUCACCAUCGUGGAUGGGUGCGCGAAAUCCCUUCACCGCCUACCUGUUUCUUGGCGUUGGAACAUUGCAGCUGAUACUAGGUUGUAUACUAUUUGUUGUGCACUUUUUCUUUACGAAAAAUUAA